CACCACAGACAUCCAUCCUACCAACAAAGAGAGAGAGAGAGUCUGCGUGAAGAUGUGGAAGACGUGUGUGACUUUGGCACUGCUCACAUGUGUCCAAGUUUGUGCACAUGGCCCUAUGCACCCUCGUGUCGCAGGUGGUGAUGAUGCCAAAAAGAAAGCGUGGCCGUGGAUGGUUAGUUUGCACGACCCCACCUGCCAUUUUUGUGGAGGUUCCCUCAUCAGCAGUGAAUGGGUGCUGUCAGCAGCUCAUUGUUUCAUUGGGGCUGGUUACAAAGUUUCUGAGAAGAGCAUACGUGUGUACUUAGGAAAGAUGACACAGCGUGAAGAAAAUAAGAACGAAGUUUUUAAAGAAGUACAAAAAAUCUACACUCACGACCUGUACAAUGCAAAGACUGCAGACAAUGACAUCGCUCUGCUGCACUUGUCUUCUCCUGUGGAUUUAAAAACAUUUUGGGGCAAUGAAAACAAACAUAUUUGUCUAGUGUCUCUGCUAGCCCAGGGCAGGGAUUUUCCUCCUGACACCAGAAGUAUGAUCAUAGGCUGGGGAAAAAUUAAACACAGAGGUAAAAAGAAUUCCUGUCAGUAA